AUGAAUUACAACGGUCAAAAUUCCGAUUCAUCGAUUCCGAGACCGACAUCGUCGGGCCGUAUUAUGCUGGAUCAUAAUGCAGGUUCAAAUGGAAUUAAUGAAUCCUCUGCCGGACCUUCCAACUCUCAUUAUCGCAACAAUCAUCAUCUGGCACAACAUAGUGCUUACUAUCCACAAUAUACAAGCUACGGGUAUCACCAUGGUCAACCCCCGGUCUCGUACCACGGAUAUUACCAGCAUCAGCCACAGCAGUAUGCUCCCCAGUCAUUAUACGUACCACCAUAUUACAACCAGCUGGCGCCGGCGCCAACUCCAGCUAGUUUCACACCUGGAUUUCAAAAUGGCAAGCAGCAUGAGCCCACUGCAUGUUCUAGUCCUCACAAACCACAGAAUCAUAAGGAAAACUACCAGGAAAACAGCGAUGAAGAGAUAAAGAAUCUGGAGACGAAUACUGUUGAAGAAAUGGAUAAUGGUGCCGUGAAGACGAGAGCUAAUGACUCACUUUCGGAUGUUGUCAAAACGGAAGAAAGUCCAGUUCAAAUUCAAGGCACAUCUAUCACAUUGACUUCAGAUGGGGAUAUCGAAAAGUGGAGAGAAGAACGUCGCAAGAUGUGGCUUUUGAAAAUCUCAAACCAACGGGAAAAGCACAAACUGGAGCUUGGAGUACAAGAAGAGCAGACACCCAAGCAAUUAUCUUUUCAAAAUGUCAGGAAAGAUCAACAAUUUAUUCAAAAUAUUCAGAACCAGAUUGGAAGAUACAAUUCCAGCCCCAAUCUGAGUCUCAACUUGGUACAAAGAACCAUGGCAGAAGAAAAUGCGAAGCUACUCAAUUUCAUCAAAGAGCUGGGCGAUGCCCAGCUGCUCGAGUAUGAACUUAACGACGAAGAGAAAGAGAAGUUGUUUGGAAACGCUAAGAGAGGAAAACCCAGGGGUGACUAUAACAAACGGCCUGCAAAUGCUCGAAAUGGUCCUUCUCGGUACGAAGGAAAUGCUAAGAGGCAACGCUUUCAACAAAGUAGCUAA